GGUCUGUCUCCAGCUAGACUUCUAUAGCAGAGAGAGAGAGAGAGAAAGAGAGAGAGAGGGAGAUUAUUUCGAAUUGGUGGCGCGUGCGAUCUGUGUGUCGCCGAGCGGGUUUGAAUCGGUGAGGAUCCGCGGAGAUGGCGAUCCUGUACGCGCUUGUGGCGCGUGGGGCGGUGGUGCUUGCUGAGUUCAGCGCGACGUCGACGAACGCCAGCUCGAUCGCGAAGCAGAUCCUCGAGAAGAUCCCUGGGAACAACGAUAGCCAUGUCUCCUACUCUCAGGAUCGGUAUGUCUUCCACGUCAAGCGAACCGAUGGCCUCACCGUCCUCUGUAUGGCCGACGAAACCGCUGGCAGGAGAAUCCCGUUUGCGUUUCUGGAGGAUAUUCACCAGAGGUUCGUGAGGACUUAUGGCCGGGCGGUUUUUUCAGCUCAAGCUUAUGCUAUGAAUGAUGAAUUCUCCAGAGUUAUCAGUCAGCAGAUUGAGUAUUAUUCCAAUGAUCCGAAUGCCGAUAGGAUCAAUCGGAUAAAGGGUGAAAUGAGUCAGGUGCGUAACGUCAUGAUAGACAACAUCGACAAAGUUCUCGACAGAGGUGAACGUCUAGAGUUGCUGGUUGAUAAGACCGCCCACAUGCAAGGAAAUACCUUCCGUUUCAGAAAGCAAACACGCCGUUUCAGAAACACAAUGUGGUGGAGAAAUUGCAAGCUCAUAUUCCUGCUGAUAUUACUACUUCUGGUGAUCAUAUACAUAGUCGUCGCCUUUAUUUGCCACGGACCUACUCUGCCAUCUUGCCUAAAGUAAGAGCAUCUCUCCUGUAAGAGAUUAUGUUGUUAUUUCUCUUCUCCUGUUUCCCGAGCUCUUUGUUGUGUCUAAAAAUCCACUUCGACACUCGCCUACGAGAUAUUCUGAUUUAUAGCAUGUGGAGUUUGCUUUCAAGGGCGAAAUUCAAGAAUUUGUUGUCAUAUUGUAAUUGAGAUUUUGAAAAGGUUCAGUGUCUGAUACAUUUCAUGCCGA